AUGAUUGAGUGGAAAUUCAUUGGAACCUUGGCCCCUUGGAAAGGUGGUAUUUAUGAACGCCUGAGAGGUAUAAUAAAAAAUUCUCUGGUCGCGCAAUUGGUCGAUGAGAAGUUAGUGACUCAGAGUUGCAAACAUGAAGUAGAAGGAACAAUAAAUGAACAUUGUCAUCAAGCAAUUCAAGGAUAUCUUGCGACCGAUUGA